AUGGCGGCUCGUUCUUACGUUGUUAAUGAACUUUUGUAUUUUUUUAUAAAUAAUUCAAAUAUGUUAGAAAAUGAUUGUUUUUUAAACAAUACUGCUGGUUUUUACAAUAACGACGAUAUAGUAUCUGCUUUAAAACAGCUGAAAAAUGAUUUGGACAAUUUAAAAUGUGAAAAAUAUGAAAAGUUAGUCUCGCGGGGUAAUCUGAAAGAAAAAUUUCUGGAAAUAAUUUCAAUUUUGAAGUUUUUGAAUGCAAACGACAUGCUAGAAAAAUGCCCUAUUUUUGUUAGUAUGAAUAUAGCAAAAAUUCCUAAAUUAGACAACUUUUUGAAAAUAAAUUUUGAAAAAAUUAGAAAAGAUAUUAGCGACGUGUUAAAUAAACAACAAAUGCAAAUAAUAGAAUCGUUGCAGCCAUUGUUGUCACAACGUGAAGAAAAUUUUGCGGCAAAAAAUAAAGUAAAUACCAAAGCGCCGAACAAUAUCAACAAUGAAAAUGUAACUCAAAAAGCGAAAUCCCAUAACGUCAAUGAUAAAGUUGUAAAAACUGAAAAUUGGGCUGAUGAUCUCGAUACCCCAACCGAUAAAAGUAUGCAACCAUUUACUUUAGUGGAAAAACGUAAACGACUAAAUAAGUUUCCAGGAAUAUUAUAUGAAACUCAAGAUUCCGAUAGUGUUCAACCCCUAAAAUACUCAGAAGUUGCCAAAAAAACAAAAUCAAAAAUAAUUGGAAAUAAAGUAAAUAAUGAAUGCAAAUUAAAAGCAGAGAAAAUCAUUGUUAAAAAAGUUUUUUCAUGA